AAUCGCUGUCCUGCCUCCUCCGGCAGUGCUGAAGCUAUUGUCUUGACUCCAUCGUGGCUCGCUUUUUCUGCCUCUGCCUCUGCUUCUGCGUCCGAUGCCUUCUUUGUUUCUGGUGCUCUUCUUCUGACCUUGUCUAAAUGACUUAUCAGUCCAUAAAACCGGAGUGAGAAAAUCGGCCCGUUAAGAAAGCCCAAGAGAGUGGAUCACCCACCAAGAUGGAUGACUUGUCCAAGAGCCAGAUGUUUGUGAUUCAUGGUGUUGCUGCAGUUGGCUCUGUGGCUUUUGCUUCUGCUCUCACAUAUCCCCUCGACACCAUGAAAGUCCUCACUCAGGUUGCUUCUAGUUCCGGUAAACAAUUGAAUGCUGCCGAGCUCUUGCUUAGAAUUCUCACUCUCUCUGGUCAUUCAGGUCUGUUUAGUGGUUAUGGAUCAUUAGCAUUUGGAAGGGUUCUUGGUCUUGGAGCUCGAUUUGGGGUCUAUGAAAUCAUCACUGCCUUUUAUAAGGAUGGACUGGAAGAUAAUUAUGUCUCUGCUUCUGAUGCUCUUUUGGCUGGAAUGGCAGCUGGUGCUGUAGAGGCUUUGAUAAACUCUCCGUUUGAACUUAUCAAGCUUCGUGAACAGGUUUCCUCAGCUUCAUACAUUCCGAACUCUACUUUUGCUUUGGAAAAGGGAGCCCAACCACCUUUAAUUUCAAGAUUACUGAGUGGCUGUUAUCCUGACAAGAGAUCCUUGAACCAAUAUAUCGGUCUCAUCUCUACCCUAUCUACCAAAAAUACUAAUGUGACAAGUGCAUUGCUGGAGUAUCCUUGGAUGAUGACAGGAUCUGGGAAGCCACCAUCAGUUUGCAACGUCAGAAGGCCAUCUGAUAUUAUAUCAUUGGAAGGAUGGGGCGCAUUAUGGAGAGGUCUUCGUUCGGGAAUUGCUCGAGAUUCUGUGUUUGGUGGUGUAUUUUUCUCAGGCUGGCAGUUUCUGCAUCAAGCAAUGCUUGAUUGGAAGGCUGUAGGGAUGGAUCCUCCUCCCAGGUCAGAUGAAGAAGUUGGUCCAUUGUCUCCUUUAUUUGUUAGUAUUGCUGCUGGAUUGUCAGCUUCAGUUGCUGCUGCGGCUUCUCAUGCCUUUGAUACUACAAGAACUAGAUCACAGUGCACUGUGCUACCAAAGUACGUUUCAAUGGAGAGAAGGCUCCUGAAGUGGAAACAGCCAGGAAACAAGUUUGAAAGAUAUACCGGGAUCCAUCCUUCUGACAGGAAUCUAUUGUUCCGUGGUCUUCGGUGGCGGAUGGCUCGCUCUGGGCUUGCAUCAUUCAUGAUUGUAGGAAGUUAUUUCUUCGCUGUUGAUCAUCUUGCUUCUAAUUUGACUUGAGUUCCUGUUAAAAUGCCUAGUACUUUUUCUUUCUUCCUAAGAAUAACAUGAUCUGUGCCGCUGUGUACUAGUAAAGGGAAAUAGAAGCAGAUAUUUCUUCAUAAUUACCAUAGUUGAAUAGGAUAUUGAAAUAGUGAAAUGAAUUAUUUACUUUGAUGAUCAACAGAUUGAAAGAAAGAGAAAAAGACUGCAUGUUGUUUACUGCACAUAAAACUGAUUCUUGUGAGUUGAGGGAUUUGCAUGUGGAACAUGUUUUCCUUUCCAGAUUUUGUACCUUUUCAAUGACCGAUAAUCAAAUAAGAUUAAAUGUAUAUUUUCCCC